UGUGCAGUCGACAAUAGCAAGUUCCACACAGUCGUUCGCGAACGAACAAAUGUGUUCAGACAACGAUCUCAUUAUUUUCUUCAAAGAACUAUUUAAUGAACAAAAACAGAUCAAUUUCAGUUUAAAUACAGGAAAGCAGCGACGCUAGAUUCUUUAUGAUUCUAAACAAUACUUAUUUAACGAAAAUUCUCGAAAUCAUCGCGAAGUCCACAACUGCGUCCGUAAAACAUUUGGGGAAAAAAAAAAAAAAAAAAUGGGAAAUUUGACAACCGGUUUGGUCCGGCGAAUACCUAUUUGAUGGCUAUGCAGCGAAUUGUAUGUUUAACUGCGGUUGGUAAAUACGGCCGUUAGAUGAUUCGUUUGUUUGAACCGUUCUUUCGAAAAUGAUUUAUCUCUCUUGCAUCUUCAAAUAGUUGAGCGUCUCGUAACAUACGGUACACAAGUUUUAACUUUGAAGAUUACAAUAAUGGAUUCCAUAAUUGAAGUACCUGAAGAUGUUGUGUCAGAUCCUCUGAAGCAUUUGCUUUCACUUGAUUGGAAUUCAUCUGUAACAGCGACUGCAAUAGAAAAUAAUUUUGAACCCACAAAGUCUGUAAAACGAGUUAGAUUUUCAGAUGAAGUGGAGAAGAUUUCAUAUGAUUCUGAUGUUGAGAAAAAUAUUGAUAUUACUUUUUCUCAUGAGGAAGGUAGUGAUGACAAAAACAAUAAUAUUGAGAUUCAUGAUGAUUUAUCUGAUGAAAAUAGGACUGAUGUUUUCACAGAGAGUACAGAGUUUACAAACUUUGAAUUGCCUUUCAAUGAUGGUGAAAAUAUAGUUGAAUCUGUAAUUAAUGACAUAGAUGAUAACUCAUUAGUCAACUCCAGUACUGAAAUCGAUAUAAUUACACCAGAAGUAGAGGAUUCUGUCAAUAAGAAUAUAGACCAAAAUGACUUUUUAUUGGUAGAUAAUUAUGAAGACAAUGAAAUGAAAUCUUUUGUUAAUCUAGAAGAGCAAGCAAAUGAUUUAAAUGAAGUAACCAAUCAAGUUAAAAACUUGUCUUUGGAGAAUGCAUCAUUAGAAAAUAGAACCUCACUUUCUCUGGUUAUGCCUGUUUCAGAGCCUUCUGAUCUUAACAUGCAUAAUAUUGAGAACUCUAAAGAUGAAAUGAAAUCAAUUACUAGUGAUGAUUCAUCUAUUUCUUUGAACAGAAGGGUAAAGAGCAAAUUAUAUAAUCGGAAACAGUCCUGGAAAUUAAAUUCUGUAUUGACUGAAAACUCUUGUUAUUCAAGUGCUUCUGAGCUCAAUUCAGCUGUUUUUAAAGCUUGGUGUGAAGUAAAAAAUAAAACCAAAAGUGUUGAAACAGCUGUUUCAAAUGAAAAAAAUGUAUCUAACAGACAAACUACUACAAAUAGUGCUUACUCCACAUGGAAAAAAUCCAAAAUUGAAGCUCAGAAAAAAGCAAAAAGAGAUAAAUCAAACUUCAGUCAAAAUUUUCCCAAUAUGCACCGGGAAAACACAAAGAAUUCAAAGGAAGAAAUUGAAAUGGCAUUUAAGGCUUGGAAAAAGAAGAAAGACGAAACGUUGAAGCAAAAGAUGGCCGAAAAGCUUGAUAAAGAGCAAGAGCAGGUUGUAGAAUCAUUAAUGGAAAAAAAAGAAAAAAAGAUGGAGGCUGAAGCUGCUUUUAAUGCUUGGAAACAACAUAAAUCACAUCUCAUAAAAAUGGAGAAGAAAAAAAGAUCUUGGGUUAUGCAGAAAAGGAAAGAAGAAGAAGAGAAAAAACUCACAAGAGAUCGAGAAGCCUUAAUUGUGUAUCACAUGUGGCUUGAGAGCAAGAUUUCUGUCAAGCAUAGUACUUUCAGUCCUGUGAAAACAAAACCCCCUUGGACACCGCCAGGAAAAUGAAAGCCUAUUCUUUGUGAUGCAAAAUGACUUUUGCUGUUCGUAUUUGAAGAAAUAUCUGUUUGCUGUGAUAAACUCUUAC